AGUGCUAGGUGUCCUGCCCACCAUGCUGACUGCGCUCGCCCCGCUAGCCCUUCCUGGGCUCUCAAGGCGGCUGCCUGCCUCUGCGGGGCGUCAGGACUCGUCCGGUUCGUCCGGCUCCUACCACACAGCUCCGGGUUCUCCGGAGCCCCCGGACGUUGGGCCGGACACAGAAGGCCAGGGGACUUGGCUCUGGGUGGCUUCUGGGCGGGGGGCGGGCGCGCAGCCUGUCCUGUCUGUCAGCGCCCAGAAUAGCCGCCAGCAGCACUGCUCCGGCUCGGGUUUCCCGCGAGGCCCGGGCUCCGGCCCGCCGCUGCCCCAGCCCCAGCUGCGCAUGCUGCCGUCGGGGGAGAUGGAAGUCAUCUUCGGCGCGGGGCCUCUGUUCAGCCGCUCCGACGCGGAGGAUCUGGAGGAGCAACAGCUCGUGGCGCCUACCUUCAGCAGUCCCCUGCUGCCUGGGCCAGCGUCUCCGGUCUCUGUGUCGUCGCAGCCGCAAGUCCCCGACGGGGGCUCUCGCUGGGCCACCUACCUGGAGCUGCCGCCCCGCGAGCCGAGUCCUGCCGUCUCAGGCCAGUACGAAUGUGUGGAGGUGGCCCUGGAGGAGCGCACCGCGCCCGUUAGACCCCGCACGGUACCGAAACGUCAGAUCGAGUUGCGUCCGCGGCCUCGGAGUCCCUCGCAGGACAGUCGCGCGCCGCGUCCCCGACUGCUCCUGCGCACCGGCUCCCUGGACGAGUCUCUGAGCCGCUUGCAGGCCGCCGCGGGCAUCGUGCAGACGGCGCUGGCCAGAAAACUAGGCUCUGCGGUCCCAGCCCCCAGCAACGUCACUUUGAAGUCUACGGGCAAGCGAGAAUCCACGACGAACUCUCAGGAAACGGCAGCCAGCACUCAUGUGGUCCUGGAAGAGGCCAAGUCCCGGCCACCCCGCGCACACGAUCAUUCUGCCUCGGCCAAAGCCCCACGGCCUUGGCCUAGCCUCCGAGAGCGAGCGAUUCGGCGGGACAAGCCGCCACCCGGGACCGAGCCUCUGGGUCCAGUUAGUUCCAGCAUCUUUCUGCAGUCAGAGGAGAAAAUUCACCAGGCUCACAAACAGGAACCCAAGACCCAGUUCCCCCGUGAGACUCCCGAUCGAACCGUGCCGAGGGCACGGAGUCCUCCUUCCAGAGGUUCCCGGGUGGUUCCCAGUAGGGUUGUGAGACCGAGAAGCCCAUCUCCUCCGCUGCAGGCUCCAAACGGGGCCGUGCGGGGUCCUCGCUGCCCGUCUCCCCAGAACCUCCCACAACCUCAUAAGAUUGUUUGGAGAACGAGUAGCCCGGCUUUCCCUGGCGCAUCCUCUGCCUGGGAGGAUCGGAAUGCCUCCGUCGAGGAAGUCGUCAGCAGAAGGACCCCUUCCCCGCCACCACUUUCCCAAUGGACUCAGGGUGUCGCUAGGGUUGGGAACCCAUGUCCCGAAGCUCCUCUCCUGUGGAAGGUUCCGAACUCGAGAGGCGGAGAUGCAGCAGGACUGAGUAGGGACCCGUCCCUGCCAGCCCUGCUCCCACGGGAGUCACCUCAUCCUAUUGAAACGCGUAGCCCAUCGCCCGGAGAGACUUGGAGUCCGAUUGCCCAGGCUUCAUCGACGGCAUUGCGUCAGGAAGCUUUAAAUGGUUUAACUCAGAAGCUGGAGUCGCCUACACCGUCAGCACCCGGGACUCCAGAGCUCCCAGAGGCGCAGUGUCUGCUCUCACUGGAAAAUGCGAAUAUUGCCUUCAGAGACGGUCAGCCCUCUCCAGAUGUAGAUACAACGGAACAGCCCCGAAGUCAUCUGACAAGCAUCCUGGAUGACGAUGUGUGCCCAGAAACCUUGGGCUCGGGAGAAGCGACUUCCGGACGUCCGCGCGUGACCAUUCCGCGACCGCGAGACGUGCGCAAGAUGGUCAAGACUACCUACGCGCCAAGCUUCCCUGCAGGGACCCCAGGCUCCGGGCUUCCCGCGCCCCCUGCGGACACCUGCGGGGAGGAGGGUGACGUAUCCAAAACGCAAAAGCUCCCGGCACUUGAGUCGCCCGCCCCGGCUCAUUACACAUCCAUUUUUCUCAAGGACUUUCUGCCUGUGGUUCCUCAUCCCUACGAGACACCAGAGCCUUCACUCCCUGCAACCCCUAAGGAUGCCUCCCAGUCCAGCGGGGUCCCGAGGCGGAGGGCAGAGAACAGCACCGCGAAGCCUUUCGCUCGCAGUGAGAUCCGCUUGCCUGGCGCUCUAGCCUUCGGCCAGCGGCGAGAGAAAACUCCGAGUGUCCAAAGACCGGGUCCUGGAGGAGAAAACCCGGAUGCUGAGGCCCAGAGUCUGGUCCCAGACCGCGAGGGUCCGACCAGCCCUUUAGGAGGCGCUCGCACCUCAACCCAGCGUUCCCCUUUAGAGUCCACAGGGACCAGACCACCUCGCCCCGGGUCCCCGCAGGCGGGUCCCAACUCCAGCCUUAGGGCAGCACCCGAAUUAGAGACACCGCUUGUGUCUCCUGCAACUGCGGUCCAGGCGCCCCUCCUUCCGGAUCCUCCGGCGACGGCAGCCAGGACCGCUGCACCCUUCCCGCGAGCGGCCUCCGCGCCUCCCACCGACCGGCUCCAUCCUGCAUCCUCCCUGGGGAUGCGCAGGCCUCCGGGAGCCGUGCCCGCGGGGAAGGUCCUGGUAGACCCGGAGAGCGGCCGGUACUACUUUGUGGAGGCGCCGAGGCAGCCGAGGCUGAGGCUGCUCUUCGAUCCCGAGAGCGGGCAGUACGUGGAAGUUCUGCUGCCACCGUCGCCCUCUCCCUCCCGGCCGCCACGCCAACCCUAUGCCCCGCUGGCCUUAGGGCCCGGCCUCUACCCGCCCGUCUAUGGGCCUAUCUCUGGCCCGUCACUGUCGCCGCUGUCUCACAAUCUGCCAGCCCUUGGUGGUCUCCAGCUACCUUGGGCUCCUGAGGCUGGAUCCCUGGAGGGGAUGUACUACAUGCCCUUGAGCGGGACCCCUAGUCCGGCACCGCCGCCGCUGGCCUUCUGUGGCCCACCCCCCAGUUCUGGUCCCAUCCAGUCCAGCAAGGGUUCUGUGUUUCCUUUGUAAAACCCCAGCCUUUAUCCCCGUGGAGUUGGGUUCCCUGGAAGGCUUUGGAAGUUCCGGAUCCCAGACUCUUAAUUUUUUUCUCCCGUCAAUUCUUUGGCCAGUUCCAGCCGGUCACCAGACCAGAAGUGGCCUUAAGAGAAUGUAUCUGCUACCUGGGCUGACAGUGCUGGAGCAUCAUUAGCAAGUGACUGCCUGCCUAUCCCCCCUCGGCCCCCCAACAAAAAUAUGUAUCCCUUCCCCAAACCUUCCCAGGGUGUGCUGUGUUUGUGUAUGUGUUUACGUAGGCAAGCAAGUCUGUCAAAGUGAGAAGCCAGUCUAAGAGGUGUUGGGGUUUCCCAGAAUAGCAGGUGUGGGAGCAGCAGGACGGGGCUGCCUUGGUGAACUGUUUGUAUUUCCCUAACACUGGGCCAGUUGAGUGGAGCAGGAGAGUAGGUGCUGCUGAGAUGGGAUGGGCCACAGCCAUCAAAUCUGGAUUAGUCCUACAAGGGAGAACCUAGUGUGGCCCCUGGGCAGCCUGGGGCAGUGAAUGGGAGCUAUGGGGACAGUAGUUGGAGAUGAAGUAUGGAUGCUGCAUAAGGAGAUGUGGAUGUGGAUUGGAGGUGAGAGAACUGGGUGAAAUGGCUGUAGUCCCUGGAAAGACAGUCAAUGGGACAAGCAGCUCCUUGACAGAAAGGCCUGCAGGAGGGUCUAGGAAAUGAGGAAGGGGAGGAAGAUUCUUACGGUUUUCUGUGGCUUGGGGGUGACUAGGGACAAGUGAUGAAUUAAAAAAUCUCAAGGGGCUGGGGAUUUAGCUCAGUGAUAGAGCGCUUACCUAGGAAGCGCAAGGCCCUGGGUUCGGUCCCCAGCUCCGAAAAAAAAAGAACCAAAAAAAAAAAUGGGGGAGCUUCAUGAAAUGAUGUGACAGCCAGGUGGUGUUGGUGUAGACCUUUGAUCCCAGCACUCGGGAAGCAGAGACAGGUGGAUCUCUGUGAGUUCAGGACCAGCCUACAGAGCGAGUUCCAAGACAGAGAAAUUCUGUCUCAAAAACAACAAACCAAGAGAUGGCUACAGCUAACAGCCCACAGCAGGGAACCUAGCUCCUCCCUGUCUUCUACAGACCCUGGGAGCUGAGCUAGUUUAUCCUGAAGCCAUCCCCACCUCAAUAGACACCAAGUAAAUUGAAUUACCAGGAGGACAAGAGGGAAGAAGGUCAGGCUGUUUGGGUGAGUUAGAGCUGGCAAGAGGAAGGGUGUUCCUAGAUGAGUAGGUCAAGGGGCCCUGGCCCUUUAGCUGGUUUCACUCUUCAUGUUCCUCCAGGAGCAGAGGCAACAGUAACUACACAGGGACUGGCCCUUCCGGCUACUCCCAGCACAGGAAAGACCCCAAACCUGUGCUCUAGCCGCUCUGAGCCUGGGGUAAACUGAGAGCCAGAGGACAAUCUCUGUGAAGUAGAAGGUGGUCUCUGUGUUGUUUUUGAGCCUUGCUGGAGCGGUGUUUGACAGGAGGUGUUUGAGAAAGGAUCGUUCCCACUAGAAGCAAUGCUGGGUAGACAGACAUUCGGCAGCUUUCUGGUUCUGAGCCUGUGUAGCUAAGAUCCCUCUCUAGGAGUUUCUGUCAACCUUGCCCUGGACUGGAAAGUGGCUAAAAUACACCGUCAAAAUAACCUCAACAUCUCUCCUGAGAUACUGGUCCCAAUGACAUGGAGGGACCAGGGCCAGCCCUAGAGUGUAUCAUCUCGCCCUGGUGUGUAAUAAAUGGCUAACCAUGGAGAGCCAUGGUGACUGAAAUGA